AUGUCUGCAUACAAUCAGACGAGUGGAAUCAGUACUACACUAAGCGCGUGUACUUUCCCCACCACUUCAUCUUCUUCUGAAAUUUUACCAAGUGAAGGGAAUUUUAUCACAACUAUCCUGUCUGACAAGGAUUUAUUACGAUGUACUUUAAAAUCUAUUCUGAGCACAUAUCUUUAUCAGUGUAGUUUAAUAUGCAGUUUUAUACGAGAAUCGGAAUCAAUAUAUUUAUUGCAUAAAUAUGAACUAUAUAAAAUUGUACAAAUUCCUAAAACUGAAUUUCACGCUAUGCACUCAUUGAUAUUUCAAAAGAUAAGUGAACAUCGUUCACGUAUGACUUUAGAUUUGUACAUUGAUAUAUGCUUACCGGCGUUAGCUAAUUCAAUAUGUAAGCGAAGGAAAUGUGAUUUUGGUACUUACGACCUAUAUAGAAUACUAUUGUCCUUAUCAUUAUUUCAAGAUAAAAAUUGUAUAAGAAUUGGAUGUGAGCCAAUGAAACAAAUUACGCGACUGUUUACAUUAACUAAGAGAGAAUAUAUGGCUAAAGCCAGUGGACUCAGAACACAUAAAAGUAAACAUUAA